CGGCUUGGUGGUGUUGCGAUCUUAUCUAGAGUCGCUGCAGCUGACAAACGAAUCAAAUCCUCACAAUGCCAAUGGUUAUAAAACCAUACGGACUGAUGGUCUUCCUCAAAAACAAAGUUUGACAGAUCGCCCCAAGGCAAAGUGUUCUGUGUUUGCUGAAAAUGAUGACCAACAUGUGGACACUAGGCAAGAUACAGCUAUGAUAAGAUGGAGUCCUCUCUACGGCCGCUACCUUGUGGCUGGACGGGACAUCGCUGCUGGCGAAGUUAUCCUUCAGGAGCAACCCUUGUUAAUAGUUCCCAAGGCUGGCUCAGAGCCUACGUGCCUAGCGUGCAUGAAGCCCUUGAAGCAUGACUGGUUUGGUUGCAAUAAGUGUAGUGGUCCUAUGUGCUCGCCUCACUGUGAUGGAAAUUGUCAUGGAACUGAGGAAUGUAAUCUGCUCCGACGCUUAAGCCUUAAAGAAGCGCCUCAAGUAGAAAUUCUUAUCAAGGAGCUGAGCAUUAUAUUAGGGCCGCUGAGAGCGCUACUUUUAAUUGAAAGAUCACCGGCUGUGAAAAAUAUAUUUCUGGCCUUCCAGAGCCACAAGGAUGAGCGAAAGAAAAUGCAGAUCGGCCGCUUCGUAGAACAUAUAGCGGCGGUGAUGCAUACCCACUUAGGUCUGGACCUGAAAUCUGAAGCUAUCCAUCACCUCUGUGGUGUGUUGGACACUAACGCUUUCGAAGUGACUUUAGACAACAUCCGUCGAGGACGUGCUAUCUUCGUGGCAGCAUCGAUGAUGAAUCACUCCUGUAUACCCAAUGCCCAGCGCUGGUACUCGGACGGAAAGAUGACAGUGCGUGCAGCCAUAGAUAUUCCUAAAGGUGCCCCAGUAUUGAUCAACUACACGCAGGCUCUGUGGGGCACUCGUGCACGUAAUGCCCAUCUGUCUGGCUGCAAAAUGUUCACCUGCCAGUGUAAACGUUGUUCAGACCCUACAGAAUUGGGCACUCACAUGAGUUCUGUCCCGUGUCGGGAAUGUUCCAGUAAUACAAUGCCUCCUAGUGACCCCAGAAGCCCCUGGAAGUGUCAAGUCUGCGGUACAAGCACAAGCGCGAGUGCCAUUGAGGCGAUGGUACGAGCUGCCGCAGUUGCCCUAAGCCGCAUGUCCCGUGAUGACGCUGAGGCCAUCACCUCUACUCUGUCACAUCUGAGCCGCAUGUUAGGCAACACCCACUAUGUUGUUGCUCAGGUUAAAUACGUCUUCGUCCAGACUAUCAUGAAGCUUCCCUUAAAAGGUGUGAGUUCAGCAGACCUGACUCGGGUCUUGGAGGUGACCACGGAACUGAUGAAACUGACAGCUUGGGUUGAACCAGGAGUCACGCGAUUCAGGGGGUUACUCUUAUACGAUCAAACAAGAGUCUUGGUCGAGCUACUAGAACGGAACAUGGCUGGUGAGGAAGAAGCCUCACACCUCACAGCUGCUUCCCAUCCCCAUACCGCCCAGGCUCUAUUAUCACAAGCGGCUGAGUGUGCCCACCUGCUGCAAUACGACCCCCUGCUCCUGGAUGUGAUGCAGCUCAUCCAAGAGCUGCGUCGUCUCCUGCACACACCAGAACAUAGAGCAGCUUCACCAACUAACUCCCAACACAACCUCACAGAAGAAUAG